CUCGCAAUCACAAACAAGCGCAUGGCCACCUCGACGAUCACAUCCCCUCCGGCGCCGGCAGCGACGCUGCCACUGGCCGGGCGCGUGGCCAUCGUCACCGGCGCGUCGCGCGGCAUCGGCCACGCCAUCGCGAUCCACCUGUCCUCCCUCGGCGCCAGCCUGGUCCUCGGGUACGCCUCCAGCUCUCAGCAGGCCGACGCGCUGGCCGCUGAGCUCCCGCGUGCCGUGGCGGUGAAGGCCGACGUCUCCGACGAGGCGGGCGUCCGGUCCCUCUUUGACGCGGCAGAGUCGGCUUUCGGCGGCGCGGCGCACAUCCUCGUGGCCUGCGCGGGCAUGGCCAUCGGGACCUACCCGUCCCUCGCCAACACCGCCACCGCGGACUUCGACAGCGUCUUCGCCGUCAACACCCGGGGAGCGUUCCUGUGCCUCCGCGAGGCGGCGAACCGGCUGCGGCGCGGCGGCGGGGGCCGGAUCGUGGCCGUGUCCUCGACGCUGGCGGCGACGCUGCUCCCUGGCUACGCGGCGUACGCGGCGUCCAAGGCGGCUGUGGAAGCCAUGGUGCGGGUGGCAGCCAAGGAGCUCGGAUCCGCGCGGGUGACGGUGAACUGCGUCGCGCCGGGGCCCGUGGCGACGGAGCUCUUCUUCGAGGGGAAGAGCGAGGAGGCGGUGGAGAGGUUCAGGGCCGGGCACCCGAUGGGGCGGCUUGGCGAGGUCGGCGACAUCGCGCCUGCGGUCGGGUUCCUCUGCACCGACGCGGCUGAAUGGGUCAACGGUCAGGUUAUUCGGGUUAACGGCGGCAUUGCUUAGCCUUAGCGUGUCUCUGUUUCUCAGUUUCUUCCUUCCAAAUGGAUGUUUCCGAUUUCUUUUUAACCAGGACACAGAUCUAGAUGUAAAAUAGUUAUUGCACGUCUAAAUAACUAAACUACAACUAAAAAGGAGAAAAAAAUAUUCAAUGAAUCUUGAUGUAAGAUCAAUGAUAUAGAACUUAAAUGUGUAAUACUUAUCUCACAUCUAGUUGUGUUUUAGUAAAACCGUUCUUAUAAUUGUUGUGUGUGUUUGUGUUUAACUGUGGCUUUUUUUUUAUGAAAUGGCUGUGUUAGCUGAUUUUGGUGCUUGAAUAAAGAAAACACCAGAAUGAUAGGGUGUACUCCGUAAACUAGUUUAGCCUAGGUGGUCUCAUAUGUGUUUGUAUAUAUGCAAUUUUCUAUUAUUUUUUGCGUUGUUGUAUUUAAAAUUUUCUUUCGCUAUGUGAUAAUAAAAUAGUUAAUCCCGCGAAAGAAAAUACAGUUCUAAGAAAACAAAAAUUGUCAGCUGGCCCAGUCGCCGAUAGGCAUUGUCAGAACUAUGGAUGAUUAUUUGGUGAUAUGGAAAUUUUAUGGGGAGCAAUUAUAUUUUUAGGAGCCUUUCAAGGAUCACUUUCAGUUGUCAUGCCUUGACUCGUUCUUAGCCAUUGUUGUCACGUGCCAUGUUUUGGACGUUUUCUUCAGAUUCUAUUUUGUAUUUUCACACAUGUUUUUUGUUUUCAAAUGAUUUUUUAACUUCUUUUUGACCUUUUGGUUUUCUAAAAAAAUAUUGAGCUAUCCCAUUCCCCGAUAGGUAUUGUUAAGAAAAAUAAUGAGCUGACCCAUUGGCCGAUGGGCAUUGUUAGAACUAUGGACAUUUAUUUGGAAGUGGUAUGGGAAUUUUGUGGGAGCAACUAAUUAAGGAGUGUUUCUCGCAUGUCUUUUUUUUAGAUGGCUUUUAAAUUUUUUUUGGCCUUUCGGUUUUCUAAAAAAUAUUGAGCUGUCCCAUUCCCCGAUAGGCAUUGUUAAGAAAAAUAUUGAGCUGUCCCAUUCCCCGAUAGGUAUUGUUAAGAAAAAUAAUGAGCUGACCCAUUGGCCGAUAGGCAUUGUUAGAACUAUGAACAUUUUUUUGGGAGUGGUACGGGAAUUUUGUGGGAGCAACUAAUUAAGGAGUGUUUCUCACAUGUUUUUUUUGUUUUUAGAUGGCUUUUAAAUUUUUUUUGGCCUUUCGGUUUUCUAAAAAAAUAUUGAGCUGUCCCAUUCCCGGAUAGGCAUUGUUAAGAAAAAUAUUGAGCUGUCCCAUUCCC